AACAUUUGCUUUAAACUUUGUUUCCUUUUCAACAAAAUAAAAAAACAAUGAAUCAAAAAUUAAUUUAAAUAAAUUUAUAAAAAAAAAAAGUUUAAUAAGAUUUGUUAAAACCAUCAAAUAAAACGCUUGACCAUAAAAAUUAAAACCCUUUAAAAAUCGUAAUAUCGUUUAAAGAACAAAAAAUAACCAACCAAUAAAUUUAAAUUAUAAUGAACUUUCUUUCAAUACAAGUGUCAGUUAAACGGAAAAUGUUGAUUUUAUUGAUUUUAUUUGUGAACAUUUUGAAUUGUUUGUGCCAGCAGUAUACGUGGUGUGAUCCCGAGUUGUGUGGCGGUUCAAGAACAGUUCGUCAUAUUGCCUGUCGGAAUAAUGGUCUCUUUCAUCGACGCUGCUUUCCCGAUGCCAGUGAUGUUGAUAUCUCCAACUUCAAACAUGUUUUCGUAGACGAACACAAUAAGCGAAGAAAUUUAAUUGCUUCGGGUCAAUUACCCGGUUAUUAUCCAGCAUCUAGAAUGGCCACAAUGGUAUGGGACGAUGAACUGCAGUACUUAUCAAGCCUUAAUGUACGCACUUGUAAAUUGGAUCAUGAUGAUUGUAAUCACACCUACAGAUUUCGCAAUACCGGACAGAAUUUAUGCGGCAUCUCUAGAUUGAAGUCACGCUACGUUAAUGUCACAAAUCUUAUUGAUGAAACCAUAACAUUGUGGUUUGACACCGAAUACGAUUUGAUUGAUAGUUCCUUUGUUAAAGCCUUUAAGGUCACCCAUAAUUUUGAAGCUUAUGGCCAUUUUGCUGAAAUGAUUGUGGAUCGCAUUACUCGUGUUGGCUGUUCCAUAAUGCGGUUUACUCGACCCGAUUAUCCCCACUUGUAUGUCUAUAAUGUGGUGUGUAAUUAUUCGUCUGUAUAUGCUCUCGGAGCUCCCUUGUACAAAACUGGCUAUGCAGCCAGUGGCUGUAGGACUGGCAGAAAUCCCCGUUUUCCGGCAUUGUGUUCAGAGCGAGAGGAGUUUGAUCCUAAUUAUUGAUAUUUUAUGUAUAUUAAAUUUUAAAUCAAUAAUGUGUGUGUCUGUGAAUUUGUUUUUUUAAGUUUUUAUGAAUUUUUGUUGGUUUAAGCAACAACCUAUAGUGUAAAUAGUUGUAAACGUAUUUUAGUUAUAAUUUAGUAUUAACAAAAAUUGUAAAUGAUUUCUUAUUAAAGAAAAUUAAAAAUUAUAAAGAGAAAAUGAAA